UGUUUGGGAAACUGUUCAGACUCCAGACAAUUUUCAUUGCAUUCAUUGAUAAUGUCGUUGUAUUUUCCUGGAUUUUCCGACCACAAGUUCUUUACGCACUUUAACGUUUAACUUCAUUCUCAAUGUCGGCGGUUCGAACGCGUGGCAAAGUUCCUUUAUCAGCCUUGCGCCUCUGGGUCCCACCACUGAGGCUACUGUCAGCAUUUCUGUGGCGGGUUGCAGAGCAGCGCCUAGUCAAAUACUACACCAGGCUGGAGGAGUUUGUCUCAGUUGUUCUGGAGAUUGUCCCAGACCUACUGAGUGCUAAGGAGAGGGUUGAACUACUCUUUGGCCUGAGAGCGAGGUUUAUUCUAGAGUUAUGCAACGAUCAGCCAUCAGUAACACUGCAGAUCAUGCAGCCACACCUGGAAAGAGUCUUGAGCGUUGCUAAAUCCGUCUCCGUUGAUGAGAUUGGAGAUCAAACCAUUGAUGUUGCUGUGAGGAACUUUGUCGAUCUCAUCCAAACGCUUCUGUGGGAUCCCACAUACAGGAAUCAUUUCUUCCAGGACAUUUACCCAUUGCAUUAUGGCCCCAAAUAUGACACAGCACUUCAAUUACUUGUGUGGGAGUUCCUUUGCAGACUGGAAUUGUUAAUCCCAGUGCCUAGCUUCCAUCAGGCUUCCUCUUGGUUUGGUGAAGACCCCUUACUCUUGGAGGAGUCUUUAGGAAUGAUCAAUGACCCACAAGAAGUUCAAACGUUGUUGCAGCACUUCAGUCGUUUUGGACACUUGUACGAAGGGUCAACAUUUUCGCCCAUCUUGGCCAACACUAUUCUCUCCACAUUGUCAGUCUCUUUUUCUGUGAAAACAGUCCUUACUCGCUGUGAACAGGCCGAGAAAUGUGUGUCAACCACCCAUGUGACCCAAGCAGCUGGACAUGGAGACUUGAAGGAAGAAGUCCAACAUGAAGACAUGAAUGAUGGAGAUGAGGAUGGAGAUGGGGAUGUGCUUGAUCCACAGAGAGACACUGAUCAAGGUCACUUGAGUGAGUGUGAAAGCCCAGUAAGCAACAGGAAGGAGCGAGAAGAUGUGGCAUCCAACAAGGAGCGAGAAGAUCUGGCAUCCAACAAGGAGGCAGAAGAUCUGGCAUCCUCAAGAGAAGAGCCUAGGUCGUCCGCACCACAAGACAGCUUGAUGGAGGAGGAAUCCCCGUCAGUGAGCGCAGCGGAUGACUCUGCCAGUCAGCUAGUACAGCAUGGAUGCGCAGGGCUUAGGAAUGCUUUUACAAAAUCAAGUCUUAUCAAAAAUCAGACUGGUUUGCCCGGAGAAAGGCCCCACCUUUGCACUCACUGUGGUAAGAGAUUUAAACACACAUCCCAUUUGAAGGACCACAUACGCAUUCAUACAGGGGAACGACCCUUUGGCUGCUUAGUCUGUGGAAGGAGGUUCUCUCGGAGUACAAAUCUGAGGCAACAUAUGAGAUUGCACACUGCUGACAGACCAGGCAGCAAGAGGGGUAAGCAAAAAGUUCUGACACCCUCAGGAGAGGGACCUGGGGUGCCCCCACCACGAGACAGCAUGGAGGAAGGUUCCCAGUCAGUCAGCACAGGUGAUGACUCUGCAAGUGGGCACCCACGACAUACAUGUGCAGAAUGUGGCAGUGUCUUUUUUUCAAGAUCAGGUUUUGUUAAACACAAGCAAACCCACGCGAAAGAGAAGAUGGCACCACAAAAGAGUGGAAUUGUCACCAGGAUGUUGAUUCCUAAACUAAACAACACAGCCGCAAAUAAAAAAAAGCCGCAUAAAUGUACCGAAUGUGGCAAAGCCUUCUGUUCACAAUCAGGUCUCAGUAGACACAAGAAGAAACAUGCAGGAGAGAGAAAAGAAAAGAGUAGAGUUGGUACAGAAAUGCUGAGACCUCAGCCAGACAGCGCAACAGUGAGAAGUAAGCCACUUCGGUAUGCGUGCACCGAUUGUGACAAAACCUUCAUCUGGAAACAUGAUCUAGCUAAGCAUCGAACCAUUCACACGGGAGAACGGCCCCACCUCUGCUCUUACUGUGGGAAGACGUUCAGAGAGAAGAACACUUUGGAUAGCCACUUGCGGGUUCACACGGGGGAACGACCCUUCUGCUGCCCAGUCUGUGGGAAGAGGUUCAUCCAGAAAUCUCUCAUGGUCGCCCAUGAGCGAUUGCACACAGGUGAGAGGCCCUACCUGUGUUCCGUCUGCGGAAAGGGAUUCCUCACCUCGGGAGCCUUGUUAGUUCACACGCGAUGCCAUACGGGAGAGCGGCCGUACAAGUGUGAGUUCUGUCCGAAGAGUUACACCAUGUCGAACCGUCUGGCAGUACACAGAAGAGUCCACACGAAGGAGAAGCCGUAUGCUUGUACAACGUGUAAGAAGCGGUUUAGGUCAGGCAGCCACCUGAAGAGACAUAUACGAACACAUACAGGGGAGAAACCGCAUGAAUGUUUACAAUGUGGCAAAAGAUUUUCUUUGCGAAGCAAUAUGAAAGUUCAUCAACGUGUACAUAGGUGACAUCUACAGUACAACCCCGUGCUGAUUUUAGCGUUGGUUGGUCUAAUCACUUGAAUGUCAGCUGAAGGUGGACAGUGUGGUACUACGGUUGAGCUUUGAUAAAGGCUGCUGUUCUCGCUGUAUUGGUGAAGGGGUGUUAUGGCCAAAUCAAAAGGAAGUCUGUGUCUCGGUGCUGGAAAUAUCAUUCAUAGAUUGCACUCCUAUUCAGAUGUUUAUAUUCAGAAAAUAAACUUUUUUUGCUGAAACCUGUGAAACUGCUGCAACCUUGGAGAUGUUUUGUGUAUUUUAAGUAUUAUAAGCAUUUCAUAUCGACAUUAUCUGAGGUUGUUACCAUUUUUUGUUACUAUGUAGCUGUCCUAAAACACUGGACUAUUUGUGACUAAGGAAAUUGUACCAGGUAAAGAAAAAGAUUGUUACAGUAUAUGGUUUGGUUCAUUGUUCAUGUUUUAUAACAUGAGCACAAUUCACCUGUCUCAUAAUAAAUCGAUGUUCAAUACUGUGUUCAGUACUGUACUACAGUGGCUAUGUAAUCUACAAUAUUCUACUGACGGUGGAAGAAGAAAUCCUUUAUAAAAUUGUG